CGAAUUUCAAGGGUGUCUAUCGUCUCUCUCUAUCAAACAGCGAACGGUAAAAAUGGAUGGUCAUGAAGGUUGUUGUGGCGGCGGCGGCGGCGGAAAGACGGAGAUGAUACCGACGGAGGAAGCUCUGAGAAUAGUACUCGGCGUCUCCAAGCGUCUUCCUCCGGUAAUCGUAUCGCUGUAUGAAGCACUUGGGAAAGUGUUGGCGGAGGAUAUUCGUGCUCCUGAUCCUCUACCUCCAUAUCCUGCUUCCGUUAAGGAUGGGUACGCUGUUGUUGCUUCGGAUGGUCCUGGAGAAUAUCCGGUGAUUACUGAAUCAAGAGCUGGGAAUGAUGGACUGGGUGUGACUGUUACUCCUGGAACUGUGGCUUAUGUAACUACUGGUGGUCCUAUACCUGAUGGUGCGGAUGCAGUUGUCCAAGUUGAGGACACUAAAGUAAUUGGAGACGUCUCAACUGAAUCAAAAAGAGUAAAAAUACUGAUUCAAACCAAGAUAGGCACUGACAUCCGUAGAGUGGGUUGUGAUAUUGAGAAAGAUGCAACUGUACUAAAAACUGGAGAAAGAAUUGGUGCCUCAGAAAUUGGCUUGCUAGCAACCGCAGGAGUAACAAUGGUGAAGGUAUAUCCUAUGCCAACAGUUGCUAUUCUCUCUACUGGGGACGAACUUGUCGAGCCGACAGCUGGGACUUUAGGUCGUGGGCAGAUUAGGGACUCAAAUCGAGCAAUGUUAGUGGCAGCAGUGAUGCAGCACCAAUGCAAAGUUGUUGACCUUGGAAUUGUUAGAGAUGAUAGAAAAGAACUUGAGAGAGUUUUGGACGAGGCCAUAUCCUCUGGAGUUGAUAUUAUUUUAACUUCUGGUGGUGUCUCAAUGGGAGACAGGGAUUUCGUCAAGCCAUUGCUCGAAGAGAAAGGGAAAGUAUAUUUCAGCAAGGUAUUAAUGAAACCCGGGAAACCUUUGACGUUCGCCGAGAUUAGUGCAAAACCAACUGAAAGUAUGCUGCGGAAAACAGUCCUUGCAUUUGGAUUACCAGGAAAUCCUGUGAGCUGUUUGGUUUGUUUCAAUAUCUUUGUUGUGCCUACAAUCCGCCAGCUUGCAGGAUGGACAAGCCCCCAUCCACUGAGAGUGCGAGCUCGACUUCAGGAGCCCAUAAAGUCCGAUCCCAUCCGUCCCGAGUUUCAUCGGGCCAUAAUCAAAUGGAAAGACAACGAUGGAUCGGGAACUCCUGGAUUUGUUGCUGAGAGCACUGGACAUCAGAUGAGCAGUCGGCUUUUAAGUAUGAGAUCGGCUAAUGCUUUGUUGGAGUUGCCUGCUACGAGCAAUGUGCUUUCUGCUGGAACUUCUGUAUCAGCUGUAAUUGUUUCUGAUAUUAGUGGCUUUUCAAUAGACAAGAAAGCCUCAUUAUCAGAACCAGGAUCUAUUCGGAAAGAAAAAAAGUACGAUGAAGUACCUGGGCCUGAGUAUAGAGUGGCUAUUCUUACCGUCAGUGAUACUGUCUCAGCUGGGGCUGGACCUGAUCGAAGUGGGCCCAGAGCUGUGUCAGUGGUUGAUUCCUCGUCUGAAAAACUGGGAGGAGCUAAGGUAGUUGCAACAGCUGUUGUCCCCGAUGAAGUGGAAAGAAUCAAAGACAUUCUCCAGAAAUGGAGUGAUGUUGACGAAAUGGAUCUCAUUCUUACACUUGGUGGUACUGGGUUCACUCCAAGAGAUGUAACACCUGAAGCAACGAAAAAGGUGAUCGAGAGAGAAACACCCGGUCUCCUCUUUGUUAUGAUGCAAGAGAGCUUAAAGAUCACGCCAUUUGCGAUGCUCUCACGCUCUGCAGCAGGAAUUAGAGGCUCAACACUGAUAAUCAACAUGCCUGGAAACCCAAACGCAGUGGCCGAGUGUAUGGAGGCUCUUUUACCGGCAUUGAAGCACGCACUGAAGCAGAUCAAAGGAGACAAGAGAGAGAAACAUCCGAAGCACAUACCUCACGCAGAAGCAACCACACCGACUGAUACAUGGGACCAAAGCUAUAAGUCGGCCUAUGCGACGGGAGAAAAGGAAGAGGAGGCUGGAUGUUCUUGUACUCACUAAAACUUUCCAGCUUCUCCACACAGUGAAUCAAAACCCCCAAGUGAUUUUGCUCUGCACUGUUGUGACUGUAAAACUUUUGACAAGUUUUGUGGCUUACUGAGUUAGUUACACGAAACCCAACUAUAUGGUGCGAAAUGAAGUUUUUGUAAUAAG